GACAACGAACAGUGAUCAAUCGCAUAACUCCUACAAGCAAUACAAAAUAGAUAGUUGGGCAAACACGGACCCCUGGACACACCAGAGGUGGGAUCAGGUGCCUAGGAGGAGUAAGCAUCCCCUGUUGACCGGUCACACCCGCCGUGAGCCCCAUAUCCUGAUCAGGUAAACAGAGUUUUGAUUUAAAGAUCUUAAAAUAAGGAUUUAAGUAAGACAUUCAUAUAUUGACGUAUUAUUUUAGAAGCUAUCAGAUUUACAACAAGCACACACACACACCCUUAAAGUAGGCCUAUACUUGGCCUACGUCAUAAUCAAUAGUAAAUGCGGAACCACGCUUCCGUUUUCCGAAAUGUGUUAUUCUAACGAUAUUUAUUUGAUUUUUACAUGGCGAUACAAGAUAUGAAUAUCCGAUAUCAAUUCCUUCCUGGGUGUUCUUAUCUUCUUAUCAGUCAAAUCUUAAGUUGAGAUGUUGUGGUGUGUCUUUUAAAGGGAGGGGGGGUAGUGAUGAUUAUAGCUUUAGAAAAAAAAUCGGUUGGAAAACAAACAACAUUUAGGUGGAUGAGGGUGUGUCAAUUACAUUACACAUGUCCGUGAGGGAUUAAGAUUGUUUAAUAUUUUAAAACUAGUUUAUAGAUAUACCUUGAAUCUGAGGAUAAAGGUGUUGCGCACUGUGCAGUCAUCAUUAAUGUGGAUAUCUGAUUCCAGUAUGCCCAUAAUGGGGCAGCAUAAGUGUCGAUCUUCAUAUGGCAGCAAGUUUUCAAAGGCAGAUAUAAGAAUGCAAAUAAAACUGUUGAAUGUAAAAUACGCCAGUAGUUGGAUAAAACAUCCAAAGUCGGCACAGUCAAAGGUCACAACAACAAUGGAGGAAUUAACUGCAUCCUCAUACCGCAGGGCAACAGGCCAUUGUCAGCAACCCCUGGGAUUCUUAAUUGAGGCUAAGUGCCUAUUUUCAGCUCGAACAAUGAUAAUUAAAGAGGCCUGUGCAAAUGUUGGGAUUUCCCUCUUAAUUCAAGGACAACACCACCUGAAAGACACCCAAUGUUGUGAUUUGCUAGUGUGGAUUCCUAGUGACACUCAAAUAGUUCACAUUGACAAAGAUGUAUUAUGGUCAACAAACAUUUAAAGCGUGAUAGAGUUUAAUUAUAAUAAUAAAGUAUCUUUGCAGUCUAAAACACACACACAUAACCACAUGUACAUACAGUGUAUACUUUAUUAUGAUAUCAGUGGUGCAUCUAUCAAAGUUAUGUAAUUACAUGUAUAUUAUUGAAUAAACAUUACGGAGUUUUUCUUAUUUUAGAUGAACCAAAAUAUGUAUAGACACAGUGUCCAGCUUUACAAAAAUCAUUAAAUUACAUGCAUUUGAUAAAAACAA